CUUUAGUUUUCCUAAAAGAGGCGUUACGUACAUGACAGCAUGACAUAACGUUCAAGAUCAGGACUGCAGCUAGACACACUGCUAGUGCCUGAGCGUGUGUUUUACAGUAAAAUCUCUCUUUCUAAGUGGACUUGACCAAGAGCCUUUCAACUCGCCGAUAUGUCUGAUGCUAUAAAAAAUGUGGCAGUAUUCGGCUGCACGGGGAUGACGGGGUUAGCGACCUUACCUAUUGCAGUGACCGCAGGUUACAAUGUGACGGUGCUGGUGAGAGACGCUGCAAGGCUCCCUCCAGACCACAAGGCCUCCAGAGUGGUGGUGGGAGAUGUUUUGAACAAAGAUGAUGUUAAGAAGACACUGGAGGGUCAGGAUGCUGUCAUCAUCAUUCUGGGGACAAGAAAUGAUCUUAGUCCCACAACGAUGAUGUCUGAGGGAACACGGAACAUUCUGGAGGUCAUGAAAGCCCGUGGAAUCCGCAAAGUUGUUGCAUGCAUGUCAGCAUUCCUCCUGUGGGAUCGUGCCAGAGUUCCUCCUCGUCUGGUGCCGGUCACUGAAGAUCAUGACAGAAUGUACACUGUCCUGAAGGAGUCAGGACUGGACUAUGUAGCGGUCAUGCCUCCACAUAUUGCUGAUGACAAGCCUCUGACAGAAAAAUACACCGUGACUGAGAACAUGUUAAAAGGAAGAGUCAUCUCCAAAUAUGACCUGGGCCAUUUCUUUGUCAAGUGCCUUUCUACUUCUGAAUGGGAUGGAAAGACAGUUGGAGUUUGUGGAGAAUAUAGUUAAUCUACUCAGGGCUUUGUUUAAAUGUAUUGUCAUUAAAGGUGCACUCAGUAGUUUUAGUGUAUUUUGCACUGUCCAAAAUGACUUUAUUUUUGAGAGGCUGUUCACUGCAGAGACAAUGGGUGGAGUUUGAAAGUCCAGCCAUACCCUAACCCUACCCAUAACCCUAUCCCUAAACAUAACUAGGUCAAGCUCCACCCAUUAUGUCCAGAGAGGGGGACAUCAUUUAACAGGUUGUUACUGAUAACAGAGAAACGAAAAAAAAAAUUAAAAAAAAUGAUUGAUUGCAUUUUUUUCAUGAACGCAUAUGCUGUCCAGUAAUAAUUGUACUUUUAGUUAAUCAUUGUUUUGAAUUUCAUUUAAAAGUUAUUUUGUACUAAAAAACAGAUGGCUGGAUUGAAGAAUUCCUCACUGUUUUUGUUUUGCCUUAAGAAACAUUGAAUUAAAAUCUAGGCUAUGUAAUUUGCAUAAUAAUGUAGAUUUUUUUUUUUUUCUGUUUUUAAAUAAAGAAGUUUUUUUCUUGUUUUUCUUUUUA